CGCGCCCCGCGCCCGCCAGACCCUCCGCCUGCCCCACAAGCCGGGCACCUGUGCCAGCAGCCCCAUUGAAUCAACUGACAAGGGACCUGCAGAAUAAGCAUCAUGAGUAUUUCAGCCCUUGGAGGCAGCUCCAAAGGGAAGCCUCUGCCACCAGGUGAGGAGGAGCGCAAUAACGUCCUCAAGCAGAUGAAAGUGCGAACCACACUGAAGGGGGACAAGAGCUGGAUCACCAAGCAGGAUGAAUCAGAGGGCCACACCAUAGAGCUGCCCUCAGGCCGGAGUCGUGCCACAUCCUUUUCAUCAGCUGGGGAGGUCGCCAAGGCCAGGCCUCUGAGCACAAGGGCUCCCACUGGCUACAUCAUCCGGGGUGUGUUCACCAAGCCCAUUGACAGCUCGUCCCUGCCCCAGCAGCACUUCCCUACAGCCGAUGGAGCUCCGAAAAGAGUGGCCGGUCUGGUGAGAGCCGCUAGUACCGGCUGCCCCCGCCCCUCAUACUCUGGGUACAAGAUGACCACUGAGGAUUACAAGAAGCUGGCGCCCUACAAUGUGCGGCGUAGCUCAACAUCAGGGGAUGCUGAGGAGGAGGAGGGGCCCUUCUUUCUGGAUGAGCAGAAACGGAGGUCAGAGGCUGCAAGCAGCGUGCUGAGGAAGACAGCCCCCCGGGAGCACUCCUAUGUCCUCUCAGCAGCCAAGAAGAGCACUGGUCCUACCCAGGAGACACAGGCACCGUUUAUCGCUAAGAGGGUUGUGCUGGUGGAUGAGGACGGGCCUUCUGAGAGGAUCCAGGACACGCCUACUCUGGCAAGAUCCGCUCCUGGCUUGAGCAGUGCGGAUGGAGGCGGAAUCAUGGUAUCCCUGACGGUUUGGAUUGUGCGCCUGCCGCGUGUACCUAGCCCCACUAGGAGCUGGGAGCUUAGCUCAAUAAAUGGGGAAAUUGUCCGCCUGCAGAUCGUGACACCCAGGGCGGGACUCCGCCUGGUGGCCCUGGACCUAGAAGGCAUGAGAUCUUUCCCAGGCCACAAAGACAAGGAGGUGCCCUGCCUUGGAGAGCUCCAGAGGGACCUGGCUGGCGAGGAGGCUGUUGGGGGCCACAACACAGACUCUGAAAGCUCAGGGGCACAGUGGAGUGAUGGCAGCGUGGGAUCUGGAGCCACAGGGUCUCCACUUGCAGGCUUGGCUGGAGCAGACGUUGCCUCUGAGAGAGGAGGGCUGUGCUCAGCUGCUAGCUUCACCCCUUUCCUGGAUGAUCAGGAUGUACAUGGUGUCAACUCUCAGUCCUUCAAGACUAGACCAACAGCCAUCAGUGCCAGUGCCAUAUGGACCUCUGCUGUCCCAGCUGAUAGGAAGAGCGAUAGCACAGCAGAUGUGGAGGACACAAAGGAAGAUUCAAAGGGCACCUUGGAUGGUUAUGAGAAGAAUGUGGCCACAGAGGUUGGAGAGGCCUCUCAGGAGAGGCCUGGAGCCCUGAGUGGUGGCCAGGGAGACUGUGCUGUACCCAGCCAGCAACCUGCAGAUCCCAGCAGACCUGAGCAGCUCAUCGGACUGGAAGGCUGUAGCAGCAGCAGCACUUUGGAUGGUUAUGAGAAGAAAAUGGCCACAGAGGUUGGAGAGGCCUCUCAGGAAAGGCCUGGAGCCCCAAGCAGUGGCCAGGAAGACCCUGCUGUACCCACGCAGCAACCUGCAGAUCCCAGCAUCCUAGAGCUACAGGGCAGCCCCAGCGGACCCCAGCAGCUCGUCAGAUUGGAUGGCUAUGGCAGCAGGAUGAGAAGCCCCUCAAGCUGCAUGGUCACUGUUACCAGCACUGCCCCUUCUGAGCAGCCUCACAUUUAUAAUCCAGUCCCCCCAGGUGAAUUGGACUCCAGCUUGGCCAUUAAAGGAGUCCUCUUCGUGAAGGAGUACAUCAGUUCUAGCGAAGUGUCUUCUGGGAGGCUGUCAUCUUCACGCUGUGGCAGCAUCAGCAGCAUUGAGGACACGUUUGACGUAGAGAAGAAAGCCCCAUAUGACAGCACCCUGUAUUCUGAGAGAACAACUGGUGGGAUUUGUACUUACUGUAACCGUGAGAUCCGAGACUGUCCGAAGAUUACCCUAGAACAUCUCAGCAUCUGCUGCCAUGAAUAUUGCUUAAAGUGUGGGAUAUGCAGUAAGCCCAUGGGCGAGCUCCUGGAUCAGAUCUUCGUUCACCGUGACACCAUCCACUGUGGACAGUGCUAUGAGAAACUCUUCUAGCUCCCCUCAGUCUGGUCAGAAGCUGAUGCCUCCC